AUGGACUUGUCAUUCGGGGUUCUGCAUAAAAAGGCUCCUGAAUGCACCGGAUCUCACGAUUUCGCCGACAACUCGAUUUUGCACGAUUAUACACGCAAAAUAUCCAUUUCCGCACGCCGUGCACAGCCAGUUCAAACUCGACUUUAUAUCGAUCUCGUCAGGCGACGAAAAACGCUGCACGAGAAGGCAGCAGCUGCAGGCCGGUCGACUUUGUCCAAACUGACGCCACCUCGACUUGCUCCAUUUGCGCACUUCAGUCCGAUCCGAGUCCGCCGCCGGUUGGAGCUCCAGUGCUCAAGGAAGCAGCUCUGGCACCCGCAAUUCACAAUUGAAUGGCAGCACUGCCCCGUUUCCGAUGGGGCCAAUCCACAAGGCACCCUCCACCUGCACGUCCAGACGGAAUGA